CUCACUGUACUGAGCUUCUUCUUAGGGUUUUCUUUUCAUUCUUUCAGUUUGUGAAGCUGAAAAAAUAAGUAAAAAAAAAAAAAAAAAAAAACGCUUGAAGAUACAAGGACUUAGAACGGAAUGAGGACGACGCCGUGCUUUGGAGCUUCAAACGCUGCGAUUUUCAAGGACACCAAGGUUCAGAUUGAAAGUUGUCAGGGGCUCAAAUCUUCCUACACUUUGGGUCUCGCAUCCAGAACUGUUCCUGCUUAUUGGGGUUCGAACUGUUCACGCAUAGGAGCUGUCUCCACGCCAGCAAAGCCUGAGACUGUUACUGAGAAUAAGCGUAGCAAGGUUGAAAUAUUCAAAGAACAAAGUAAUUACAUAAGGUACCCUCUUAAUGAGGAGAUACUGACAGACGCCCCUAAUAUAAAUGAGGCUGCCACGCAAUUGAUCAAGUUCCAUGGAAGCUAUCAACAGUAUAACCGAGAUGAACGUGGCUCAAGGUCUUAUUCAUUUAUGCUUCGUACAAAGAACCCUUGUGGAAAAGUACCAACCCAACUUUACUUGACGAUGGAUGACCUUGCUGAUCAAUUUGGAAUUGGGACACUUAGGUUGACAACCAGACAGACAUUUCAGCUCCAUGGUGUUCUGAAGAAGAAUCUGAAGACAGUAAUGAGCAGCAUUAUUAAAAGUAUGGGUUCAACACUUGGUGCCUGUGGUGAUCUCAAUAGGAAUGUCCUUGCUCCUCCUGCUCCUCUUGUGAGAAAAGACUACCUUUUUGCACAGCAAACUGCAGAGAACAUUGCCUCACUGCUGACUCCUCAGUCUGGUUUCUACUAUGAUGUUUGGGUGGAUGGAGAGAAAGUCUUGACAGCAGAAGAACCUCCUGAAGUGACUAAAGCCCGUAAUGAUAAUUCUCAUGGAACAAAUUUUCCUGAUUCACCUGAGCCCAUUUAUGGAACUCAGUUCUUGCCGAGGAAAUUCAAAAUUGCUGUUACUGUACCAACGGACAACUCAGUUGAUAUUCUCACAAAUGAUAUCGGUGUUGUUGUUGUUUCUGAUGAUGAUGGGGAGCCUCAAGGGUUCAACAUAUAUGUUGGUGGUGGUAUGGGAAGGACACAUCGGAUGGAGACCACUUUUCCUCGGCUGGCAGAACCAUUGGGUUAUGUGCCCAGAGAGGAAAUUUUAUAUGCAGUUAAGGCUAUUGUUGCUACACAACGGGAUUACGGUAGAAGAGAUGAUCGUAGGUAUAGUAGAAUGAAGUAUUUGAUCAGUUCUUGGGGGAUUGAGAAGUUUAGAAGUGUUGUUGAGCAAUACUGGGGAAGGAAAUUCCAGCCUUUCCAUGAGUUGCCAGAGUGGGAAUUUAAAAGUUACGUGGGAUGGCAUGAGCAGGGUGAUGGCAAUUUAUUUUGUGGGCUCCAUGUAGAUAAUGGUCGUAUAGGGGGGAAGAUGAAAAAGACAUUGAGGGAGGUCAUAGAAAAAUAUUAUCUGAGUGUGCGGCUCACACCUAAUCAAAAUAUCAUCUUGUGUGAUAUUCGCAAUUCAUGGAAGCGUCCCAUGACCACAGCUCUUGCGCAAGCUGGUUUACUGCCCCCUAGGUAUGUAGACCCCCUCAACUUAACUGCAAUGGCAUGCCCAGCAAUGCCUCUUUGCCCACUAGCAAUAACUGAAGCUGAACGAGGAGUACCUGACAUCCUUAAGCGGAUUCGAGCAGUAUUUGAGAAGGUUGGUCUGAAGUACAGUGAAUCUGUGGUUAUAAGGGUAACUGGCUGUCCAAAUGGUUGUGCCAGACCAUACAUGGCUGAACUAGGUCUGGUCGGUGAUGGUCCCAACAGUUAUCAGAUUUGGCUUGGAGGAAAACCUAAUCAAACCUCAUUAGCAAGACCCUUCAUGAACAAGGUUAAGAUUCAAGACCUUGAAAAAGUGUUGGAACCAUUAUUUUACCACUGGAAAUGCAAACGGCAAUCUAAAGAGCCAUUGGGGGACUUCACAACUCGCUUGGGAUUUGAGAAACUUCAAGAAUUGGUUGACAAAUGGAAGGGUCCAGCGGUGUCUGCAUCUCGCCAUAAUCUGAAGCUUUUUGCUGACAAGGAGACAUACGAGGCCAUGGAUUCAGUUGCAAAACUGCAGAACAAGACUGCAAAUCAAUUGGCCAUAGAAGUAAUACGCAAUUUCGUGGCUUCCCAGCAGAACGGUAGAAAUGAGUGAGUUUGCAUGGAAGGCACUAAUGAUCUUUCUUGCUUAGCGUAACGGUGUCAAUAAAUUAGGAAAAAUGCUUCCAAUUUUCCUUUCGGUAACAACCGGAAGGAAUGCAUACUGGAUUGUGCAUUAUUUUCUUUGAAUUUUUGUGUGUUUAGUUAUUAUUGGACAAGAGUUUUCAUAAAAUAUUCAAGUGUUCCUAUCGGUAACAACCGGAAGGAAUGCAUACUGGAUUGCGCAUUA